AUGAAGGAAAAGGACAAUUUGAAUUUCGCUGAAAAUUAUGUAUUAAGUGGUCUUGCUGCUGUUCUAUUGAAAACAGCUAGUGCACCUAUUGAUCGUGUUCUAUUACUGGUACGAAAUCAAGGUGAAAUGAUCAAGCAAGGUGUAAUCAGUCGCCCAUACUCGGGCAUAAUCGAUUGUACAGUGCGAACAAUUAAAAGUGAUGGUCUUCUUCCAUUUUGGCGAGGCAAUGUGGCUAGAUGUAUUCGAUAUUUUCCUAUGCAGGCUUUGCAUUUCGCUUUGAACGAAAAGAUUAAAACAAUGUUGAAAUAUAGGAAAAAUAAUUCUCAUAUGAAGAACCUCGCUAUAAAUGUAUCAAGUGGUAGUGUUGCUGGUAUGUUGCCAUGGUGUUUUUUAUAUCCAGUUGUUCAUCCUCUCACACGUUUAGCUGAUGAUAGAAAAAAUGUAAAAAAAGGUGGUGAACGUAAGUACAAUGGAUUGCUUGAUGUUUAUAAAAAGACCUUACAAUCUGAUGGUAUCGUUGGUCUUUAUCGUGGUUUUGUUCUACCAUGUGUUGGUCAUAUUAUUUACUAUGGAUGUUACUUUGGUGUUUAUGGUACAUUAAAACCAAUUUUACUUGGUCCAGAUGGUAGUAUUAUCUUAUCAUUUUUACUUGGAUAUAGUGUAGCAGUUACAUCACAUCUUAUUUCAUAUCCAGUCGAUAAAAUUCGACUACGUAUGAUGAUGACAUCAGGUCAAGCUGUUAAAUAUAAAGGAUCAUUAGACUGUAUGAUUCAAAUUUUAUGUAAUGAAGGUGUUGGGGCAUUGUUUAAGGGAGUUGGUGUCAAGAUUAUUCCAAGUGUCGCUGGAGGGGCUAUGUUGGCUAGUUUCGAUAAACUCGUACAACUCUAUACUGGUGUUAAAUUUGACACUAAUACUAAUUAG